ACGAAAUGGAAGUUAGUAAAAGAAACUUAUUAGAUGAAGAAGCUAAAGCUUCUUUAGACAUUUGGAGAUAUGUCUUUGGCUUUGCCGAUAUAGCAGCUGCAAAGUGUGCCAUCGAUCUCAAGAUCCCAGAAGCCAUUGAAAACCAUCCGUCACAGCCAGUGACACUAGCCGAGCUCUCCGUUGCAGUAUCUGCCUCUCCAUCACAUCUCCACCGUAUAAUGAGGUUUCUUGUCCACCAAGGAAUCUUCAAAGAAGUCCCCAUAAAAGAUGGUCUAGCCACAGGCUACACUAACACACCACUCUCUCGCCUUAUGAUGAUCACAAAACGUGGCGGCCAGUCUCUAGCUCCUUUUGUUCUCUUUGAAACAAGUCCCGAGAUGCUAGCUCCAUGGUUAACACUGAGCUCAGUUGUCUCUUCCCCGGCCAACGGUUCACAUCCAUCACCGUUUGAUGCGGUGCACGGUAAAGAUGUGUGGGCUUUAGCAGGGGAUAAUCCAUGCCUUAGCCAUAUGAUCAAUGAGGCCAUGGCUAGUGACACAAGGCGUGUGGUGCCACGUGUUGCCAAAGCUUGUCACGACUUGUUCGAAGGCGUGGCUACGGUGGUGGACGUAGGAGGCUGUACCGGAGAGACGAUGGGAAUAUUGGUUAAGGAGUUUCCUUGGAUCAAAGGAUUUAACUUUGAUCUUCCUCAUGUUAUCAAAGUUGCUCAAGUCUUGGAUGGUGUUGAGAAUGUUGGAGGUGAUAUGUUUGAUUAUAUUCCCCAAUGUGACGCCGUUUUCAUCAAGUGGGUGUUACAUGACUGGGGAGACAAAGAUUGCAUAAGAAUAUUGAAGAAUUGCAAAGAAGCUGUCCCACCAAAUAUCGGGAAAGUGUUGAUCGUGGAAUCCGUAAUAAGGGAUAAGAAAAAACCGAUGAUUGUGGAAGACAGGGAUGAGAAGUUAGAGCAUGUGAGAUUGAUGCUUGAUAUGGUAAUGAUGGCUCACACGAGCACAGGCAAAGAACGGACUUUGAAAGAGUGGGACUUUGUUCUUAACGAAGCUGGUUUUGCUCGAUAUGAAGUUAGGGAUAUUGAUGAUGUUCAGUGUGUUAUCGUCGCGCACCGGUAA